UGCCAGGUGUUAGGAGUAUAUCGCAGGGAGAGAUGGAAGUAAUGAGGAUAACCUAUCAGCCGGCCACUGGAGGCAAAAUGUCUGAACAGGCAAUUGGUAGAGUGUGUGAUACCAACCGAAGGUGGAAGAUCGCCCCUGAAGCCGCGGAGCAUGUCCAUCACACCUGCACCACCGAGGUGUCCCGGAUUAUAACUGACCCUACCUCUGGCAGGCGCUACUGCAGGGGCAAAGUGCUGGGCAAGGGUGGAUUUGCAAAAUGCUAUGAACUGACAGAUCUGACAACCAACAAAAUAUAUGCUGCAAAAAUUAUCCCACACAGCCGAGUAUCCAAACCUCAUCAAAGAGAAAAGAUUGAUAAAGAGAUUGAAUUGCAUCGAACACUUCACCACAGACACGUUGUGCAGUUUUACCAUUAUUUUGAAGACAAAGAAAAUAUCUACAUUUUGAUGGAGUACUGCAGCAGGAGGUCUAUGGCCCAUAUACUGAAGACCAGGAAAGUGUUGACUGAUCCAGAAGUGAGAUAUUACCUGAAGCAAAUUGUCUCUGGCCUGAAAUAUCUACAUGAGCAAGAAAUACUACACAGAGAUUUGAAACUAGGGAACUUUUUUAUUAAUGAAAAUAUGGAGCUGAAAGUGGGUGACUUUGGUCUAGCUGCCCGACUGGAACCCCUAGAACAAAGGAGAAGAACGAUUUGUGGAACACCAAAUUACCUCUCCCCAGAAGUGCUUAAUAAACAAGGGCAUGGUUGUGAAUCAGAUAUUUGGGCUUUGGGAUGUGUAAUGUAUACAAUGCUACUAGGACGACCCCCAUUUGAAACCACCAAUCUUAAAGAGACCUAUAGAUGUAUCAGAGAGGCAAGAUACUCCUUACCAUCUUCAUUAAUGUAUUCUGCAAAGCAUCUCAUAGCAAGCAUGUUAUCCAAAAACCCAGAGGACAGACCAAAGUUAGAUGAUAUAAUACAACAUGACUUCUUCACACAGGGCUUCACACCAGAAAGGCUUCCAUCAAGCUGCUGUCAUACUGCGCCUGACUUCCACUUAUCAAGCCCAGCAAAGAAUUUCUUUAAAAAAGCAGCUGCAGCUCUGUUCGGUGGAAAGAAAGAAAAGGCAAAAUUCUUAGACAAUCAUUAUAAAUUGCCAAAAGAAGAUGAGGAAAUCUACAAGCUGAGACAUGACUUAAAGAAAACCUCUAUCUCUCAUCCGGCUCAGAAUCCCAGGACAGAUGAGGAGUGCAAAAUAAUCUCCAAAACGACUGAUAAGCCUGACAAGCAGCAGAUGGGAGACACCAUAAGGAUGAUUGUCAGAGGAACAUUGGGAAGUUGUAGCAGUAGCAGUGAAUGUCUUGAAGACAGCACUAUGGGCAGUGUUGCCGAUACAGUUUCACGGGUUCUAAGAGGUUGCCUAGAAAACAUGCCAGACUCUGACUGUAUUCCUAAGGAAGAAAUUAACACAUCUUUUCAUUGGGUCACAAAGUGGGUUGACUAUUCCAACAAAUAUGGUUUUGGCUACCAGCUGUCUGAUCACACUGUUGGCGUUUUGUUUAACAACGGUGCACACAUGAGCUUGCUGCCUGACAAAAAGACUGUGCAUUACUAUGCCGAACUUGGCCAGUGUUCAGUUUUUCCAACUACUGAGGCUCCUGAGCAAUUUAUUAGUCAAGUUACUAUCCUGAAAUACUUUUCCCAUUAUAUGGAAGAAAAUCUUAUGGAUGGAGGUGAUUUGCCCAGUGUAACAGAUAUUUGUAGACCAAGGCUUUAUCUUCUCCAAUGGUUAAAAUCUGAUAAGGCACUUAUGAUGCUUUUUAAUGACGGCACAUUUCAGGUUAAUUUUUAUCAUGAUCACACAAAGAUCAUCAUUGCCAAUCAGAAUGAAGAAUAUUUGCUAACCUAUAUUAAUGAGGACAGAAUGUCUACAACGUUUCGUUUGAGUACACUUCUUAUGUCUGGUGGUUCAAAUGACCUUAAAAACAGGAUGGAGUAUGCAUUAAAUAUGUUGUUGCAAAGGUGUAAUUAAUUUUGCGGGCAGCACCUGGAAACCAAAUGGAUAACUGUGUUCUUCACUGUGAGAAUGACCGUCGGAAGAAUUGGAACGUAGUUUGUUGAAGAUUGGAAGGUGGUACGAAAAUUAAUUUUCUGAAUAGUGCGCUGGGCUGGAACCAGACUGAGACUUAAAUAAUCCUGCUUUGUUGGAUAUUUUUUAAAUGGACAAAAUGCUUUACUUGUGGAAAAGUAUGUCGUUUGCAAGGAUUUAUGUUUCAUGGGAAAAAAAACAACAGAAUCUGACAAAGUGGGAUGAUAACGUUGGCUCCGUAGAGAGCAUUUAUUGACAGUUUGUACUGUGAACAGUUAAGAUUCCAGAUUGGAUGGGUCAACUUUAAAAGGAUUAAAGGAAUUUUUUUUUUAUUUUUUUUCAAUCGUGGAAUAGCUGUGAUCAAUGCAGCCUUUGGCUGCUUAACUGUGAACUAUGGCCAUAUUUAAUUAUGUUUUUGUUUUUAAUACCCACAUUUGUGGCUGGACAAGUGCAUUCCUAGAUAUUAAAAUAAUUUAUUACAGCCCAAAGUGAAGUAUUUUUUUUUUUUUUUUUUUAACUUAAAGUAUUUUAAAUAUUCAUUAUUGGCAAUAAAGAGAAAAUGAAAAAUA